UUACGUGAAUGCGCGUUUAUUAGAUUUUAGGAGCUUCGAUGGGUCCGUUUACAUUAGCUGUUGAUGUAAAGAGCUCUUCUUCAGUCCCUUCAGAUACAUCUAAGCAGAAAAUCCAUAACCUUCAAUUGGCACCGAAGAAGUUUUUUGCCGCAGUCAGUGCUGGAGAUGAGAAACCAUUUGAUUUUUUCCGUACAUUUUUUGAGGGUGUAAUAGCAGGCGGCACAGCUGGAGUUGUUGUUGAAACAGUCUUAUAUCCAAUUGAUACAAUAAAAACCCGGCUGCAGGCAGCUCAAGGUGGAGGAAAAAUAGUUCUUAAAGGGCUGUAUUCUGGGCUUGCUGGAAAUAUUGCUGGAGUCUUACCGGCCUCCGGCAUUUUUGUUGGUGUUUAUGAACCCACAAAGCAGAAAUUGUUGAAGACUUUUCCUGAUAAAUUGAGUGCUGUGGCUCAUCUGGUGAGAUUUUCUUCUCACUAUUCGUCAUACUUUUCAAAGCCAUUUCAGAUUGAUCCCAUCUCCCUCCCCGCUUCCUCUGGAAAACCCAUGAAGCAUGGACAAUUCUGCUCGGGGACAAUUCUUGGGCAAACGUCUCGCAUGCUAAAUGCUGUGUCUUAUAAUAAAAAGUAUUGUGAAUUGUCCCUUCACUCCAUCCUCCUGCAGAAUAUUAGUUUUGGGACUGAGAUUUCUUUGAUGGAUCACAUGUUUGCCUCUCUAAGUAGGACGGAAUAUCUACGUGACAGUGUGCAUAUAAAUGCAUCACUACCUAGAAGAAGAGAAGUUCCAAGCCCUCUCAUGAUCUUUUGUUUCCGGUUCUUCUCCAGCUCAGUGGAAACCACUGCAUGUAUUCGGCUAUUUACCGUACUCUUGUGCUGCUUACUUUUCAUUUCUUCUUUGGUAGGUGCUGUAACUGGAGCUCUCACGACACCCCUAGAUGUGAUUAAGACUAGAUUAAUGAUUCAGGGAUCAACCAACCAAUAUAAAGGUAUCUUUGAUUGUGUCCAGACUGUCGUCAGAGAAGAAGGGCCUCGGGCUCUCUUAAAGGGCAUUGGACCGAGAGUUUUGUGGAUAGGCAUUGGUGGUUCGGUAUUCUUUGGCGUCCUAGAAAGCACAAAGAGAUUCCUAGCGGAGAGGCGCCCUAAUAGUCAUCCGGAAUCUAACUCAAAGCAGGAAUAGAUACUUCUAAAUAUUCCUAGGGG